CCUCUCCUCCUCCUCCUCCUCCUCCUCCUCCUCCAUCCCGCCUGGCUCCUGCCUCUCUCUCUCUCUCUCGGCGGCUUCUCCUGCUGCUUCUGCUGCCAUGGCCCAGGAGAACGGGGAGGACAUCUCCUCCUGGAAGAAGCCAGCCGACGACAUCAGCAAGAUCUUCGAGUUCAAGGAGACCUUGGGGACAGGUGCAUUUUCUGAAGUUGUUUUGGCUGAGCACAGAGCUACUGGGAAACUAUUUGCAGUCAAGUGCAUACCAAAGAAAGCAUUGAAAGGGAAGGAAAGCAGCAUAGAGAAUGAAAUUGCAGUUCUCAGAAAGAUCAAGCAUGAAAAUAUUGUUGCACUGGAAGAUAUCUAUGAGAGUCCAAACCACUUGUAUCUGGUCAUGCAGCUAGUAUCAGGAGGUGAACUGUUUGACCGCAUCGUGGAGAAAGGAUUUUAUACUGAGAAAGAUGCAAGCACUCUGAUACGGCAAGUCUUAGAUGCUGUGUACUAUCUGCACAGAAUGGGCAUUGUACAUAGAGACCUUAAGCCUGAAAACUUGUUAUACUACAGCCAAGAUGAAGAAUCUAAGAUCAUGAUUAGUGAUUUUGGACUAUCAAAAAUGGAGGGGAAAGGAGAUGUCAUGUCCACCGCUUGUGGCACCCCUGGUUAUGUUGCUCCUGAAGUGCUUGCGCAGAAGCCCUACAGCAAAGCAGUGGACUGUUGGUCCAUUGGAGUUAUUGCAUAUAUUCUUCUCUGUGGGUAUCCUCCCUUCUAUGAUGAAAAUGACUCCAAGCUUUUUGAGCAAAUCCUUAAGGCAGAAUAUGAAUUUGAUUCUCCAUAUUGGGAUGAUAUCUCUGAAUCUGCUAAAGAUUUUAUCCGGAAUUUAAUGGAGAAAGAUCCCAAUAAAAGAUAUACGUGUGAGCAGGCAGUCCGACAUCCAUGGAUUGCUGGAGACACAGCACUUAGUAAAAACAUCCAUGAAUCCGUCAGUGCUCAGAUUCGCAAGAACUUUGCAAAAAGCAAAUGGAGACAAGCCUUUAAUGCCACAGCAGUUGUGAGACACAUGAGAAAGUUACAUCUCGGCAGCAGUUUGGAUAGUUCAAGUGUAAGCAUGUCAAGCUCCCUCAGUCUGGCCAACCCACUACCUGAUGGAACAGCCAGGAAAGAUUGUAUGUCACCAUCCACUCUCUGUAGUUUUGCAUCAUCAACGUCAUCUGGCAUUUCUACUGUAGGGGAGAGGAGACCAAGGCCAACUACAGUAACAACGGUGCAUACAGGGAGCAAGUGAGCCAGAGCUUCCCUGCACCCCACCCAUCCCCCAAAGAAGAGGUCAGAGAAGGGGGGAAAUGCCCAGGUGGGCAAGAAGGCAGGCAGGCAGGCAAACCUUCUCCUGGGUGAUUUCAUCCUGCAUUGAAAACUCAGCAAAGGACCAGAAGGAAAGACGAUUUUUUAACAAAUGGCCAUAUUUUAUACUGCAAUUCUGAAAUGUUGCAUUUAUCACAAACUGCAGUGACUCUGAGCAUUUGAGGAGGGAGAGGGCUGUGGAACAGAUAUAACAGUAUCUGGUGCUGGGGCAGUGAAUUUAGGAAUGUUCUACCUAAUGGACUUUCAUGUUAAUUCCUGAAUGAUUUACUCUAUUCUCAAUGUAGGUAACAGUACAUGCUCUUUUUCCCCAUUAACUGAAGGUUUCAACUGGAUUAUUUAACUAGAGGUAAUUUCCAAGCAUUAAAUGUUUUUUCUUCUUUUUAUCCAUAUUUUCAGCUAGGUCUGUUAUAUUCAGGGUAGAGAGUAUACAGAAUUUUGUAUUAAUCUUUCGAAUCAAGAUAUAGUUCCUAACAUUAGAUCGCAAACUUGUAUGAAUCUUGUAGUGAUGGUGAAGACUGAUUUUUCUCCACCUCUUCUUGAGAAAAUGGACAUGGAUACAAGGAUCGGCUCCCUUUGAAUCAAAUGAAGAUUUGCUCUGCAAUUCACUGAUUCUGAGUGGUGCUGCAAACCCACAGCCAAGGGCUAGCCAUUGAGUAGGAGGGACAAGGCAGUAAGGCACAGUGGAUGGGGACAAAUGGUUGAUUCUCUCUUUAAUCAGAAGUCUUGUGGGAUUCUGCCAGUUCCAUAUAAGCUUCAUGUUACAUCCUUAAUCCUACCUUAAAGUCACCCUGUUCCAUACCAAUGCCAUUUCUGCCCACGUCAUCCCAAAGCACAGCCUUCUUUGGCGAGCGGCCUGGAGAGAUUGUAUUCAGCAAGGAAGUGGAAGCAACAUGCGUGAUCAUCUCAAGACAGUUUACAGUUAUGUGUUUCCAUACACUAGAGGUGGGAAUUGAGAAGCCCACAAGUAUCAUUUUUGGGGGUCCCAGUGGAAACCUCGAAAACCAACCCCUCAAGGGCCCCAUGCAUCCCCCCAAAGAUGUGGAAAAAAUGUGUUCAAAUGCCUAAAACCACCUUGAAAUGUUGCACAACAGCACUUCUGGUCACUCAAAAUAGUGACUAUAGCAGCAUAGUGCAGCACUCCAGAGCUCCAGAGGAGGCUGAAAUGGCACCAUGCUGCCUGCCAGACUCCCAGUUAUUUCCAUCUCUGCCUUACAUGCAUGUACACGGGGAUGUGAAGUAGCCCUCACUGAGCCCAUUUGAGUUGGAUGAAUAAGAAUCAUCUUACCUGUAUUUUGCUUGAAUGUCUUCAUGUAACCAUACUGAUAUCUUGGUGACACCAUAAAUUGAUCUUCAUGGUAUGGAGACCAGUCUUAUUAAUGCUCUAAUAUUCCUGUGGCAGUUCUUUCAAAGCCUCCUAGAAAGUCUCAGUGGGAGGAGAGUGGCUGUUUAUGAUGAUGGUGGAGUAUGCACAACGCUAGUUGCUGUAAAUUAAUCAUCAUGUUGUGACUGUAUCCUGGCAGAAUAGUUGUAUGAAUUGGCCCAGAUUGCUGUUCAUUUAGGGGUAGACAACUUCAUUCUCUGCUGAUGUUUUGGACUAUAUGAGUUCUCAUAAUCCAUUAUCACUGGCCAUGCUAGUUGGAUUAUAUGGGAGUUCAAAACAUUGAGAGAGCAGCAGGUUGACUACUCUGGCUGUCUCUUGUCACAAGUCAGGCCAGCCAUAACAUUUUUAGAGUCUCCUAAUGAGAAGCAUAUCAUGGUUAGUCAACAGCACUGAAUGUCAGCACUUCUCACUGGAUGUGCUGUUGUGCAUUUGUAUUCUAACAUGUAUUCUGCAGGUGGUUUACCUGAAGAUAAGUGGCAGGUAUGGAAGUGUUGCGGACUUGUGCCUCCUUUUCAUAGGAUUUCAGGCCUCAUGAAGGACUUGUUCUCUUCAGGAAGGUACAUAAGUCUGCCCCCAGCACUGAAAAUGGGAAACGCCUUCUUAGGAACACAAAUAUUCAUGCUUCUUCUUUGCACUUGUUCUGGAUCAUCCAAAGCAGCAUUUUAAAAAAUCCUGUGCUCUGAAAUGUUAGAAAUGGCUUCUGAAAGUUCUCCCUUUUAAGCUGUUUUAAACCUCUGUUGUUAUCAUCUCUGAGAAAAGUUCAAUGGAAGGGCUGUAAAUAUUACUGUUAAUGCUUACUGCAUCAAGGGCUGUAGCAUGUAGGUCUAGAUGUGAGGAAAGGGCUUAUCCACAUGAUCAGGAUUACAAGCACACAAGAUGUGUCACUGUAGAUGAUCAUUCAUCUUGGCUCAUAACUACCACAGUGUACCACAUUUAUGGAUCGUAAGGCUUAUUUUGUGACCCUGAGUAUGGCCCACAUCUGUGCCUGUGAAGUGAAGGACAUGCUCUGAAUGAGGGUUGGGCAACAUUGGUGGACUUAGCACCAGGCUUUCAUUCUCAGUGCCCCACUAUGUGCUGGGUGAGACCCAAAAAUAGAAGGAGAAGGAGAAGAAGAAAAAGAAGAGGAGGAGGAGCUUAAACAAGUAACUGGAUGUCCACUUUUGGCUUUGAGUUCUCCUGUUUUUACUGCAGUCAUGGUGAUGACACCCCAGCACAAAACCACUACUGCUGGACAUGUCCAAGGAAGAAAAAACCAAUUUAGGGAUGAAAUUGGCAGUCCAUAUUUUAAUUAUCCCUGGUCUAAAUAUGUAAUGUUUCAGAUUCAUGGUUGCCAUCUGGUUAAAACAAAAGAGUGCAACAUAUGGCCCUCAGAUGUUCUUAAACUGUAACUCCUAUCAGGCCUAACUUGGCAAGGCUGAUGAGAUUUAGAGCCACACUAUAUCGGGAGAGCCCCUAGCUCUUCUUUGAUAACAGGGUUGGAUUCAGCUUUGGAUAAUUGCCAUCAUUUAUUGUAGAGAAAAUUCUUAGGUUCGAUUGGUCAGUGGUCUGACUUGGUAUGAGUUAUUUUUGUAAGUCAUGUAACAGUAUGGUCUGUCUUGUCCAUAAAGAGUUCUCUUGCUGCCCAGAUCAAUGGUCCAUCUCAUGGCAUAUGUUGUUUUCAUACUGAUACCUUUGGCUCUUCCACAGAAGAGCAUGCAGAUAAAGGCCUUCCUUUGUUCUUUAUCCCAAGAAUCUGGUACUUAGAGAUUAAUUCCAUCUGAACAAAACACUUCUGAAUGUAUACAACAGCAAAUAAAUAUUUUGUGAAGGAUUUCGGCAUUCAACACAGACCUUGUGUCACUUACACACACACACCCAUACGAUAUUGCUUGUGAGAUAUCUCAGUAUUGACCUGUUCAUGAUUUGUAGCUAUUAAAAUGUCCAGCAGUCACAAUAUUAUAUUCCACCUUGCAUAGAAAUGUGAUCUCCAAUGACUGAACAAGAGUUUCCUAACAUACAGCUGACUUUUUCAUUGUGGAUAUUUAAUACUUAAGAUAUAUGACUUUGUAAAUCUGACAACAGAUUAUACCAGCUGGUAUAUGGCUUCAGAAAUUAUUUUUCUUGUUACCAUUUGAUUUUACAAUAGCAUCUUGACUGCAUAAAACAGCCCCACUAAUUAAAUCUAGGAUUCUCCCAUAA